AUGACAGAUGUGCGGCAGGAAUCCUUUAAGUUGCUACGAGAGCCCUGUGUUGAGCUCAGCUCAGUGGGCUUGAGAUUUCGUGGAAGUCAUGCCUCACCCUUGGAUGUCUCUCGUGCCCUCGAACCGGUGUAUCAUUCUCUAAAAGAGCUUGCGGCGAAGAACUUACUCGAUGGGAAGCUCGCUGAGUAUGCCUUCUUUCCGCUGUCGCAUAUCUUCAACGAGACACAACGACUUCCGGCACAAUGCCUCGAACUAGCAGUGCAAUGCUUACAUAUCCUGAUUGCGGAUGGCUGGAGAGAGCAAUUAUCACCAGCGCUGGGAAAGCAACUGGUCAUACUGUUGACGCUGAUUGUGGGAGGAUCUCCGAAUAAUGCAGAUGGGCAACAACCGCUGAAGGCGCAAGUGGCGGAGGAACUCUCCGUAGCUUGCUUUGAUUGUCUUCGUGUCAUCUUCGAUACGCUACGCGGACCGGUCGCCGAUCGAACCAUCUUUCAUGAUAUUGGCACCGCUACGGUCGUUGACCAGACCGUAUACAUCUUGCUCGAGGGUGUGCUGGAUGAGAGAUCCGAUGCUAUCUGCAUAUCCGCUGCUAAAACACUCAAAUCGCUCUAUGCCCGAAUUACAGACCGUGUCGUGUUAGCUAGCAUCAUGCCUCGCACUGUUUCGGCAUUGGCAAAGGUGAUACGUCCCACAACCCAAAGUCGACGGUCCUACAAACUGUUGCAGAUAUGUCUGGAGGUUUUGAACCAAAUGUUGAAAGUUGUACUCAACGAUCAUGCCGCCGCCAAUGCGGAGAAGAUAUCUCCAGUCUCUACAGAAUCGGACAAAAUGGCCCUCGAUGCUUCCUGGUUGAAGGCCACAACUACACAGAUCAAACUGGCACUUGUCAAUGUCACUCAGGUGCGCCGCCAUCGAAGGUCGGAAGUCCAAUCUGCUCUAUUAGAUCUCUGUGUGAUGGUGAUCGAGGAGUGUCAAACCACCUUGAAGGACGCCGUCCCCAUGAUGGCUGAAACGAUCGUUGUCUUGGCCGACAAUGAAGGCGACCAUCCGAACCAAGCCUACUUGACUCUCCUUCACCUUGCUACAACAUACCCAGUCGUGCUAGACUCCUUAAAGGAAUCUCUUCAUACUUGGUUAACAGCCUUCCCCCGUAUCAUGCAAAGCAACGACGAAACUGCCAAGCAGUGGGGGAUCCGACAGAUAUCGACCGUCUUCCAAAUAUUGUCGCAGCUCCAAUCUGGAUCAGACUUGCUUACAGGUAGCUUAGCUUCUGGCUUGUGUGAUAGUAUCGGUGCCGUGGUGAAGUAUGGUACAAACUCUCUGCAGUCAGUGUCGGCACCUGGCGAUCUUCGGUGGGAUGUACUUGCGUCCGAGUCCAAGUCAAUAGCCUUUCCUCCCGUCCUACUCGAGCAUCAGAGCCAGCAGCAAACGCUAAAAGACAUGCGAGAAUUUAUUGUCAAACUCAAUCUCUCAGAGUCAGGAAACGAAAUCACGAGGUCUAUUAUCAAUCGUUUGCAUGCCGGAUCAGAAGACUCCGCCGUGGCCCCAUUCUGGCUAGCCCUGACUUCUCUCCGAGCACAGUCUCAAUACUCGGCCGAUUUCGACGACUUCAUUGCUGACGACGAUCUGGAGCAAUCCAACUCGCUAGUCAAGCGUACUAGCAUGAUUGAAGAGUUAUACUACACUUCAUUGACAAUUCUGAAUGAUCUGCCUGCCGAUGGCUCUGGUGACUGGCAAAUGUCAGCUCUCGCUCUUGAAGCCGUGGCUCUCCAAGCGCAACAAUUGGGUGAGGCCUUCCGACCUGAACUCAUGGAUGCUUUGUAUCCGACGCUGCAACUACUCGCUUCCAAUAAUACAACUCUUCAGCGGCAUGCUAUGAUAUGUCUCAAUGUCCUUACUGAGGCAUGCAACUACCCUGACACUAGCUCCAUGAUCAUCGAGAAUGUGGACUACUUGGUCAACUCAGUAGCUCUCAAGCUGAACACCUUCGACGUAUCACCAUAUCCUCCCCAGGUACUAUUCAUGAUGGUCAAACUAUGUGGUGCGCCACUUGUUCCAUACUUGGAUGAUCUGGUUGACUCUAUCUUUGGCAUUCUUAAUCUCUAUCACGGUUAUCCUAAGCUUGUCGAAAUGAUGUUCAAGACUUUGGCUGCUAUUGUGGAGGAGGGAUCACGGAAGCCGGCUCUAUUGACGAUUGACAGCGGUCGAGAGACAGGGCCACACGACAGUCGCAAAUCACAAUAUCAGCAUCUUUCUCUCUCUACCGUCGCAAGUGACAUCGCCAAUCGGAAGGUUAAGCGGAUUGAAAACGCGGAAAAUGACGUUGAGAUCGAUGGCAGCCUGUCACAUCCCAAAAAGCCUUGGUCGGAGACUUACGAGAAGCCUCCGCCUGAGCCAGAAUCCAUUGAAGAGCUAUUGAAGCAGGCCGAAUCCGAUGAGCCACUUCCCCCGCCAAAGGAGCCAGAAGAUAGCGAGAAGCCAUUGAGCAAAACCCACUCCCUCCUUCUUCACAUUGUCAAAUCCAUUCCAUCCCAUAUCUCAUCCCCGUCGCCAUACCUUCGACGCUCCCUCCUCUCAAUGCUCAUUGACGUUCUGCCAUCUCUGUCACAGAAUGAGAAUAGCUUCCUGCCUCUCAUAAAUGACCUUUGGCCUUCAGUCGCGUCCAGAGUCGUAUUUCCUUCAUCACUAGCAGGCGACUCCUCCUCGACUACCCUCGUGACCCGAUCCUCUACCGAGUCUCGAAGCUCUACCAACCCGCCCGAUAUCCAAACAUUCCAAGAAGAGACCUUUGUCAUUACAACGGCUUGUCAGGCAAUUGAAGCCAUGUGUAAGGGCGCCGGUGAUUUCAUGGCUUCACGUGUUGAAGCAGAAUUCCCGCGUUGGCAGCGGCUCUACCAGCGCGUCUGGGCCCAAGUACGGCAGGAUGCCGAGGCGGCCAAUGAGCGACGAGCUCGGCAACAAAGAAAGAACAACCUCGACCCAGCCAGUGUAACAUCAGCGAUGCAGCCUGCAGGGCCAGGGUCUGACUCUACCUUCGUAGUGACACCAUCUCUUGCCUUGUCGCCCACCGCGCCCGGCUCGCGAACAUUCACGCCCCAACACGCUCUAUGGAGGGCUUUGAUAUCUUUGUUCAUCACACUACUUUCUCACGUCCGGCUGCCCUUGGAAGCGGGCGAUCAGAUUUGUGAGGCUCUGGGCGCAUGGAUUGCACUUUUUGUUGGGCCGGAGUAUUACUUUAAACAAUCAGACCGAGCGUUCUCUCUAGCAUCAGAUGAUGUGUCCAGAGGCAUGUUCCAAUCGGUGGAAAAUGCCAUUUGUGCAAUGGAGACCUGGAACCCUGAUCUGACUUGGCUCAUCAUGGUUUCACAUUGCGCAGGGCCAUCUUCCUCGCCUGUGCUUCAGGUAAAUGAUGUCAUUCAAGUCUUUGGCGAGCCCUUGCAAUAUGCAACGGUUGUGUUCUAG